AAGGAUCUUUAUGUUUUGGCAUGUAUUUAAAGAGUCGUGGCAUGAGUUGCGAGACUCAUUCAAAAUCUCGUUAAUUACUCUCGAUAUGGCUACAUGGGGUACAGUGAAUAUUUUUUUAUACUGCGAUUAUUGAUCAAACAAACUCUGAAGGAAUUCAAGACAACUAUGUGAAUUUGUAUUCGUAUUGGAAAAAGUUAGUGUUUUAUUUCAGUUUCUGUCAGUUCAUUUGCCGACAUGAAGAUUACAACGGGCUCUGCGCUGAAACUUCAGAAAGGAAAGUCUUCCUUUCAAUAUUUCGCAGCAUACAGUGCUACAUUGUCCAUCAUCACAAGCGGAAUGCACUAUGGUUGGCCAUCUCCAUCUCUACCGAGACUUCUAGAUACGAAUUCGACCCUUCCACUCACAGACUCUGAAGGCUCAUGGGUAGCAGUGACGCCUCUGAUCGGGGCUGUUCUUGGCUCUAUCAUAGUUGCAGUGAUAGUGGACAUUCUGGGAAGGAAGAAAACCAUACUUCUAUCCUCCUUUCCAUAUUUUGCUGCCUGGAUCAUGGUAGCCUAUGCCAGAUCUAUAUUACUCCUGUACACUGCCAGGUUCAUAGCUGGAGUAGCUGAUGGAUGGGUAUUUACAGCUGUUCCUAUGUAUAUUGGAGAAAUUGCUGAUCCUAAGAUCAGAGGAAGGCUUGGAACUAGCAUCUCAGUUUCUUGGAUCUUCGGAAUUCUUCUCAUCAAUAUAUUAGGUUCAUACCUGAGUAUAGCAGUCACUGGGUUGAUUUGCAGUAUUCUGCCAAUACUGUCCUUGUUAACAUUUGUAUGGAUGCCUGAAUCACCGUACUUCUUGUUGAUGAAAGAAAAUCAAGAAGGUGCUCAGAGAAGUCUUCAAACCUUCAGAGGUGUCACAGAUGUAGAAACCGAACUCAAUCGCAUCAGUAAUGCAGUCAAAUCUCAAAUGUUGAAUUCAGGAAAAUUUCUGGACCUCUUUACAGUAAAAAGCAACAGAAAAGCUGUGUUUAUAAUGUUGAUGGUUAGAGCUGCUCAACAACUCAGCGGAACCACUGCCAUCACGUUUUAUACGCAACCAAUUUUCAAUGAAGCUGGAAGUAACAUCUCACCGGCGAUUGCUAGUAUAGUGUAUUUCGCUGUGCAACUUCUACUAGCUAUGUUCUGCUCUGGCAUUGUAGAUAAAGCUGGAAGGAGACCUCUGAUGAUAAUAUCUAUUACUGGAUCUGCUGUUCUCUUAUUCGUUGAAGGAAUAUACUUCUACCUCGUAACUUGUACGGAAGUGGAUAUGGAACCGUUUUCACUCAUCCCUGUGAUAGCUUUGAUAGGCUUUGUUAUAGUUUUUAGUCUCGGAAUGCAGACGAUCCCUCUCUUGAUGCUCGGUGAACUAUUCCCAGCGAAUGUUAAAGCAUUUGCUCUUUGUUUAGCCGAUAUAUAUUUUGCUGGUAUAGCCAUCAUUGUUUCGAAAUUUUUCCAAAUAAUGAAAGACUCUUUUGGAAUGUACGUACCAUUCUUUGGCUUCUCUGGAUUUUGCGUGAUUGGUCUGAUUUGUAUCGUUAUCUUCGUUCCAGAGACCAAAGGAAAAACUCUAGAAGAGAUUCAAAUGUAUUUUAAGGGUGAAAGGCCUAGGGAGAAACAGAAUAGUGUAUGUAGUGAUUUUGGCAGUAGAAUAAGUGAGAGAGUCAUCUGAAUUUAUAUAGGUUGUUCUACAAACUUUUUCUGACUUAUUCCUACCUUGCCUUGUCUAUGCGAUUUUUUACAAUGUUUUUAUAUAUAAUUUUGUGUAUAAAUCUUGGAGGUUGGAAACUAUUAAAGUGUUCAUUUC